AUGUCUACAGUCGUUGAUCCUCAAGAGGCUUAUGAGUUGAUUACCAAGAACUUACAAGAAGUUUUGAAUCCACAAAUUAUUAAGAAUGUUUUAGAAGUUGAAAAAAGACCAUUGAAGUUAUACUGGGGUACCGCUCCAACUGGUAGACCACACUGUGGUUAUUUUGUUCCUAUGACUAAGUUGGCUCACUUUUUAAAAGCUGGUUGUGAAGUUACUGUAUUGUUGGCAGAUCUACAUGCUUUCUUGGAUAAUAUGAAGGCUCCAUUGGAAGUGGUUAACUACAGGGCUAAAUACUAUGAAUAUACUGUCAAGGCUAUUUUGAGAAGUAUCAAUGUUCCAAUUGACAAGUUGAAGUUUGUUGUUGGUUCUUCUUACCAAUUAUCAGCUGAAUACACUAUGGAUAUCUUUAGAAUGUCGAAUAUCGUUUCUCAAAAUGAUGCUAAGAGAGCAGGUGCUGAUGUUGUUAAACAAGUUGCUAACCCAUUGUUGAGUGGGUUGAUUUAUCCAUUAAUGCAAGCUUUGGAUGAACAAUAUUUGGAUGUCGAUGUUCAAUUUGGUGGUGUCGAUCAAAGAAAGAUCUUUGUCUUAGCUGAAGAAAACUUGCAAGGUUUGGGUUACAAGAAGAGAGCACAUUUGAUGAACCCAAUGGUUCCAGGUUUAACUCAAGGUGGUAAAAUGUCAGCUUCUGAUCCAAACUCUAAGAUCGAUUUGUUAGAAGAACCAAAUCAAGUUAAAAAGAAGAUUAACAGUGCUUACUGUAGUCCAGGUGAUGUCGAAGAUAACGGUCUAUUGUCUUUCACUCAAUACGUUUUGGCUCCAAUCCAAGAAUUAAAGUCUGGUAUUAACGGUAAGUUCGAAUUCUUCAUUAACAGACCAGAAAAAUUCGGUGGCCCAAUCACUUACACUUCUUUUGAAGAAUUAAGAGAAGAUUUCAAAAAUGAAAAAUUAUCUCCUCCUGAUUUGAAAAUUGGUAUCACCGAUGCUAUCAAUGGAUUAUUGGCUCCAAUCAGAGAAGAAUAUGCUGCUAGCCCAGAGUUCCAAGAAGCUCAAGCUAAAGGUUACCCAGUUGUUACACAAGAAAAAACUAAAAAGGUUAAGAAACCAAAAAACAAAGGUAGUAGAUAUCCAGGUGCGGCUAAACAAGCUUCUUCAGAUGCCGCUGUUGAAGAAACUGCAGAAAAAUUGAAAGAAACUGCUUUAUAA